CACAGUAUUAAUUACCUUUACAAUAUUUGUAUACAAACACUUUAGCCACUAUUAUCCACCACAGCUUUUAGUUUCUUUAAAAUAGUUUUUAAAAUGAAGUUUGUUGUUUUCUGCUUUGUUUUAAGCGCUAUCGUUAGUUUGACGGUUACGAUUGGUCGAAUGGAAUGUCCUCCUAACUCAUCUGAAGCUUGCGAAGGCUGUUGCCUCGAAAGAACUUGUCAAAGAAGAGUCGUAGCUUGUCGUCCUAUUAGAGAUUGUAUAUAUAACCCUAUCGCUGUAAAUUUAUGUAAACUAGUUUGCAGAUGUAAACGAGGAUAUAUUAAAGAUGCAUUGAGUGACCAAUGCGUAUUACCGACUGAUUGUCCAACAAUUCCAAUUAUAACUCCAACUGAUUAAUAAUAUGUAAUUGAAUUAACUAAACUUAUUAAACCAAAAUGUAUACCCUAUUCCACGAAUAUACGACUGUUUUGGAUUAUCUCGACAACGAAUAUUUUACUGUGUAAAAUAUGAAGAACGAAAGUAAAAUGCAAAUUACAUUGUUGUUUAUUGGAAUAAUUAUUAGAGCCAUUUACUUUCGUAUUUAUUAUAUUGCACACUAAAAUAUUCAUUAUCGCGAUAAUCCAAAAUAGUCGUAUGUUCGUGGAAUGGCCUAUAUUACGCUUUUAUAUACCGGGUGUCCACUUAUAUUUUCCCCCAUUUUAACUGCCCAUAACUUCUAAACGGCUUAAGAUAGAAAUAUGCUGUUUUCGCUUAAAUGUUUUUAUUUAGUAAAGUUUUGUCUGAAUGGAUUGAAUUUUUUAUAUCGCUUUCAGAUACGAAAACAAAAAUUGCGGAUUUUUGGAAAAAACGUUGUUGCCUUUUUUUUAAUGGAACACCCAGUAUAUUUUUUUGUAAAUUGAAAGAAAGGUCAUUUAUCUAUCCAGCGAUAUAAAGUUUUUCAAAAUCGGUUGUCAAAUCACUGAGUAAUUAAUUUUUAAAAUGAGAGGUGCAACAUGGAUAUCACAUACCUAAAUAACAUAACUAAGCAAAUUGAUAUUAUGUUAUAUGAUUUCCACAUUGCAUCUCUCAUUUUAAAAAUGAAGUGCUCAGUCAUUUGACAACCGAUUUUAAUUUUUUUUUAUAUCGCUGGAUAGGUAAAUGAUUGUUUUUUCAAGUUUUUAGGUAAAUGACCAUUUUUUAUCUCGCUUUUAAAUAAAAAAUGGCGGAUUUUUGAAAAAAAAACGUUGUUGACUUUUUUUUCAAAACACCCAGUAUAUUUUUUGUAACUUGAAAAAAUUGUCAUUUACCUAUCCAACGAUAUAAAUUUUUUUAAAAUCGGUUGUCAAAUGAGUGAGCAAUUAAUUUUUAAAGUGAGAGAUGCAAUGUGGAAAUCACAUAACAUAAUAUCAAUUUGCUUAGUUAUGUUAUUUAGGUAUGUGAUAUCCACGUUGCACCUCUCAUUUCAAAAAUUAAUUACUCAGUGAUUUGACAACCGAUUUUGAAAACCUUUAUAUCGCUGGAUAGGUGAAUGACCUUUCUUUCAAUUUACAAAAAAUAUACUGGGUGUUCCAUUAAAAAAAUCAACAACAUUUUUUUAUAAAUCCGCCAAUUUUGUUUUCGUAUUUGAAAGCGAUAUAAAAGAUUCAAUCCAUUCAGACAAAACUUUUACUAAAAUAAAACAUUUCAGCGAAAACCUCAUAUUUCUAUCUUGAGUCGUUUAGAAGUUAUAGGCAGUUAAAAUGGGGGAAAAUAUAAGUGGACACACGGUAUAAGAAAUAAAGAUAAGCACAAAUUUGAAGAAAUGUUAGAAUUAGCAAAAAAAUUUUAAAAUAAAAAAUAAAAAGUAGGGUUGUUAAUAAUUGGUACAUAUUUAUGUAAAGUAAAGGACUUUAUGUAUUUUUAUAAAUUUAAAAUAAAAUUGGCGCAAACAAAUGUAGAUCCUAGUAUAAAAUAAAACUUCAUAAUAUGUUA